GCGGGGAUCUGGACCGAAGGACAUCUUCAUGUGGAAAGACAGCAUGGAAAUUUCUUUCUAGAAAUGUAAAGUUCAUAUUAUUCGGAGGCACUGGGGUCGCUUGAAGAGCCAAAUAACCGCAGAAAAUAAGAAACGUUUGAGAAGCGGAUUACAGCGGUUGGUCUGCGGAACUGAUUUGUACUUGGGUUGUGUUUAGGUCGGACUCUUUUUUUUGUUGUACCGUUGGUACAGUUCGCGACAAACCCGGAACUGUGAAAAUGGCCAAUUAGGAAGAAAGUUAAAAUAUAUUAAAUAUCAAAAUGGACUACUAAACGAGCAUUGAAUUCAGAAUUUAAUUUAAGAACAUUUUAGACAGGAGCACUGACUAAAAAGGUUUAUGAUUUUCCGUCGCGGAUAAAGCAGCUAGUUGCAACUUCCUGUUCCGGGUCAGCUUGGGUAUUUUGGUUUCUAUUCCAAAACGGCGUGUGAUUAUUUAUCGGACUUGUGAAGCUAUCUGAUAAAAAAAAACCUUUUCUGAAAUUUUAAGCUAUUUCUAUAGCCCAAAUGCAGCGACCACAUUUCCGAGCUCCGCAUCCAGCAGCUGGCGCGAGAGGCGGCGGAUUUCGGACCCCUCCGGCCGCUUUGGACAGGGCAGCGGGUGGCAGGUUCCCCUCGCCGCCCUGGGCUUUCCCUAACGGGCCGUAUGGACCCAGAUUCGGGUCGUACGGCGGCUCUCCGGGGACACACACCCCGCCCAGAGAGUUUAGCGGUAAUAGAGGCGGUGGUAGCGGGAUAUAUAACGGCAAAUCCGCGGGACACACACCGCGCAGGUCGAACGGUAGCCCCACUUACAGACAGUCGCCUUAUCAGAGUCCCGGAGCACACAGCGGAUAUCAGGGUUCUCCGCGGACAUCCACGCCGUACGGCAGGGAGAGAGGCUCAAACGAUAUGGAUAAGUAUUACAAAGCGUCCAUGCUUCAGGACCCGUGGGCUAACCUCCAGCCCGUUUCAGUGACCCAGACCCAGUCCAAAUGCAGCUCCCAGCAGGCCACACACACAGGCAGGACAGGGAGGUACUACAACAAAAACUCUACCGCUUAAACAAACAGACUUUUUAGCUUUUUCUUUCUUUCUUUUUUUUAAAAGAAUAUUUCAUUGGCCAACUCUGCAGUUGCUCAGAGUUUGGACACACAAAAACCCGGACUUGGACAUGCCAGCAGCAAUAACACUUCCAAUGCUCACUGUUUACAGCAUUUUCUUUUAGAUUUUAUAUCCUGGAUAUCUCUAUCCUGUUGUACUUUUUGUACGUUACUUUUGAGUAUAGGAUCCAGACAGGCGCAUACACACACUAGCACGGCUGUGCUUUUCCUCCUCAAACACAUUCAUUUCAUCAGUUUAUUAGAUUCCCAUUGUAGUGUUUUCAUUACACACUAAAAUGUGUGUUUUAAAUCAGGAAAAAACACACCGUGCAAACUGGAUCACGUCUGAGCUUCCUCAUUAGGGAAUUAUUGGGGAUAUAAUUAUUAAUAAUCUAAUAAUUAUUCGGGAUGAAUAAUCGUCGCCGGAGUCGCUGAUUGACGUGUUGCUGUGUGUGUGAACAGCAUUAAGAGGUCUAAUCUACCUCUGACCCGAUGCUGUUAAUCAACUCAACCAGCACAACCUUUUUUAGACAUUUUAUUCUAAUUUUGUACAUUCUGUAAAAUAUUUUUUUGACUUUGUCUUUAAUUUUAUUUCAGACCUGUCAUUUUUUUUUUGUUUUGUUAAAAAGAAAGAAAGUUAGCAAUGUAUAAUUUUUUUUAAACAUUCUCAGGAUUUUCUAAAUGCUUAGGUACCUCAAUCGAGUUACUCCUAACUCAGCUUUGAAAUGAGUUUAUUUGAAAAAAAGAAAAAAAAAAGUUUAUGGACAAAAAGACACUGUAUGUAAACCCUUUGUUGAUGUUUUUCCUCCGAUAUGAUUUACUGAACUGGUAGUGUUGGAGGUGUCUGUGUUCCACAGUCAAUAAGCAGACUGUCUCAUUAAGUUUUAUAUCUUUAAAUGUUUUUUAAAAAGUGAGAUCUAAUUUCUUUCUGUAAUUUCUUUCACCAGUCAUAAAUAUAAUCCAUUAAUAUUUCA